AUGGCUGGGGAGCAGCAGCUGCAGGUGCUCAACGCGCUCGACGUUGCCAAGACGCAAUGGUACCACUUCACCGCCAUCGUGGUCGCUGGCAUGGGCUUCUUCACCGACGCCUAUGACCUCUUCUGCGUUUCUCUCGUCACCAAGCUCCUCGGCCGCAUUUACUACCACGUCGACGGCUCCCCGACUCCAGGGAGCCUCCCACCGCACGUCGCCUCCGCGAUCAACGGCGUCGCCUUCAUCGGCACACUCUCCGGGCAACUCUUCUUCGGCUGGCUGGGCGAUAAGCUCGGCCGUAAGAAAGUCUACGGCAUGACGCUCAUGCUGAUGGUACUCUGCUCCGUCGCGUCAGGCCUCUCCUUCGGCCACACCCCAGCCUCUGUCAUGGCGACGCUCUGCUUCUUCCGCUUUUGGCUCGGCUUCGGCAUCGGCGGCGACUACCCGUUGUCGGCCACUAUCAUGUCCGAGUACGCCAACAAGAAGACGCGCGGCGCCUUCAUCGCGGCCGUCUUCGCCAUGCAGGGGUUCGGCAUCCUUGCCGGAGGCCUCGUCUCCAUCAUCGUCUCCUCCUCCUUCAGGAUCCUCUUCCCGGCCCCCGCCUACGACGUCGAUCCUGUGAACUCCACACCGUCGCAAGCCGACUUCGUAUGGAGGAUCAUUGUGAUGCUGGGAGCGCUGCCGGCGGCGCUGACGUACUAUUGGCGCACCAAGAUGCCUGAGACGGCGCGGUACACGGCGCUCGUGGCAAAGAACGCCAAGCAGGCCGCCGUCGACAUGUCCAAGGUGCUGCAGGUGGAGAUCACCGAGGAGCAGGCUAAGGCUGCGGGCCCGCCCACUAACAACAAGUCGGCGGCAUUCGGGCUCUUCUCCGGCGAGUUCUUGAGAAGGCAUGGGCUGCACCUGUUGGGCACGUCGGCGACGUGGUUCCUCCUGGACGUGGCCUUCUACUCCCAGAACCUGUUCCAGAAGGACAUCUUCAGCGCGGUGGGAUGGAUCCCAAAGGCCGCGACGAUGAGCGCGCUGGACGAGGUGUUCCGCAUCGCGCGCGCGCAGACGCUGAUCGCGCUGUGCGGCACGGUGCCGGGCUACUGGUUCACGGUGGCGCUCAUCGACGUGGUGGGGCGGUUCGCCAUCCAGGUCAUGGGCUUCUUCUUCAUGGGAGUGUUCAUGCUGGGUCUGGCCAUCCCGUAUCACCACUGGACGGCGCCGGGGAACCAUGUCGGGUUCGUCGUCCUCUACGGCCUCACCUUCUUCUUCGCCAACUUCGGGCCCAACAGCACCACCUUCAUCGUGCCGGCGGAGAUCUUCCCGGCCCGGCUGCGGUCGACAUGCCACGGCAUCUCCGCGGCGUCGGGGAAGCUGGGCGCCAUCGCCGGCGGGUUCGGGUUCUUGUACCUCGCGCAGAGCCCCGACCCGAGCAAGACCGACCACGGCUACGCGCCGGGCAUCGGCGUGCGGAACUCGCUCUUCAUCCUCGCCGGCUGCAACUUUCUGGGCCUGCUCUUCACGUUCCUGGUGCCGGAGUCCAAGGGGAAGUCGCUGGAGGAGAUGUCCGGCGAAAACGAGGUCAUCGGCGCCGAGGCCACGGGGUACAACCGGACGGUGCCUGUGUAG